CCAAACUCCAACUCUCGGUUUGGUUUUCUUCAUUUCCUUGAAAACAGCAAAGCUCUUUUAAGUAAAACCAAGAAAAAAAUGGACAAGGUUAUGAGAAUGUCAUCCGAAAAAGGAGUGGUUAUAUUCAGCAAAAGCUCGUGUUGCUUGUCCUACGCGGUUCAAGUCCUCUUCCAAGAUCUUGGAGUUAGCCCUAAGAUCCACGAGAUCGACAAGGACCCUGAAUGCCGAGAGAUAGAGAAGGCACUGAUGAGGCUGGGAUGUUCACAGCCAGUUCCAGCCGUCUUUAUUGGUGGUAAGCUCGUUGGUUCCACCAACGAAGUAAUGUCCAUGCACCUAAGCAGCUCCUUGGUUCCCUUAGUUAAGCCAUAUCUAUGUUAAAAAGAAAAAGUUGGAAAUGUAUUUCAAUAAAGAAAAAAGUUUGAGCCAAAUCUUUGUAAUUUGUUUUAGUAAAUUAUAUUGGUUGUGUAACCUUACUAGUUAUAUAUAAAUGUCUUUUCGUCCAAAAACAAGAAAAUGGGAAGACGCUAAACGCUCUUGAUUUGAAA